UUAACCCUGCACCGCUUCCGCUUCCCUACAACUUGCAUUCAAAGCUUCGAUGAAGUACUCUGCCUCGCUCCACGCUGCACUUUGGCUUAGGAUGCUUCGGCGAUGCCUAAAGCAAUUCUUCCUCCCUCCUGCCCGACGGCCACCGCAAACAUGAUCUCCUGCAAAUUCAAGCCUAUGCAUGCAACAUAGUAUUUGCUGGGAACUCGUAUCGAGCUGGCGCGCUUACGGAUGCCCUGAUUCCCCUACGACCUACUCACUUCGCUGGUAAUUAUGCACACAAGCGAGCGCACACGCAUCGAUAGCUCCAUAUUGAUUUAUGCUUUACGCGCGCUGCGCUACAUGCCAGUCACCAGACUUGACACCGCACCGGUACUCUCGCCUCACCCCGCUGCCAAUCUGACACGCUGCCCGCCCUUCUCUCGCACCCGUACGUGCCUCAGGCCAACGCCCAAGUCCACCGAGCCCCCAGCUCAAGCAACAUCAACUCCGAACUACGCAGCCAGCAGCAGUGGCAGGACCGGAUAGGCGGCAGCUUGGGCCGUCGCGCCGAUGGCGACAGCAGCUCAGGCGACGACACGGCGACCACAACGGCGAUGGCCAGCGGCGAGGACAGGCUCCUGGCGGUGCUGAGUCGGGAGGCCGCGGCGCGCGCCGCCGCCGGCGGCCUGAGCGGCGGCGCGGCGGCGGAGCUGCUGGCGGCGGCGGCGGGUCUCGGGCUGCGCGGCGAUGCCGAGCUGCUGGCGGCGCUGACGGCGGCGGCGCGGCGGGAUGCGGCGGCGCUGGUGUCGCAGCGGCCGGACCAGCUGUCACAGCUGCUGGUGGCGUGCGCCAAGUUAGGACACGUUGAUGAAGCGCUGUUGGAGUCCGUGGGGGCGGCGCUGGCGGCUGACCCUCGACUGCGGCUCUCCUCGACAUCGGCGUUGGUGGCGCCGGCGGCACCGGCGGCUGCAGCGCACACUGGGGCGGAUGCGGCUACAGCUGUGGGUGCAUGGGCCGGUGCCGGCCGCGGCGUCUACCCGGUCCGUAGCCUGGCCGUGAGCGUGUGGGCGGCGGCAUGCCUGGGGCGGCCGUGUCCCACGGGCCUGUUUGGCCCGGAGGUGGCGGCGGCGCUGGCAGCAGCGUUGCGGCCGCCGCCGGAGGAUGAGCCUGAAACCACCUUCAACAGCGGACAAGGCGGCGAGGCGCAGCAGCAGGAGCUGCGGCCGCACGAGGCGGCGAACGUCAUGUGGGCGUUUGCGCGGCAGGGCGCGCCGCAGCCGGAGCUGGGGGCGGCUGCGCUGCAGGCAGCGCUGCGUUGGCAGCAGCUGGGCCAGCUGCCGCGGCGGUGCCUGAUUAAAAUACUGGCGGCGGCGGCGGCGCUCGGGCACGUGCCUGCCCCGCCAGGGCCUGCAGGGGCAGCGGCUGCCAAAGGCGGCGGCGGCGCUGGUGGUGGUGGUGGUGGCGGCGGCGGCCGAGGCAAGGAGCAGGCGGCGGCGGAGGAGAAGGAGGGGGGAGAGCAGAAGGCGUUGUUGGCACUGGCGCGAAGACUGGCAAAGGCGGUGGCUGAGGGCGCCGAGCGGCUGCCCCCGGCCGAGCUGGCGGCGGCGGCUGAGGCCCUGGUGCCGUACUGCGCCCCCGGGGCGGCCCUGCAUGACGAGUACGGCAGUGCCGUACUGCGCGGCCUGGUGGCGGCGGGGCGGCAGCAUGUGGGCGACCUCAGGCCCGACGCCUGCGUGUCGCUGCUGUGCGCGCUGAGCCGCCUGGCGCCCGCCGGCAGCCCCUCCUCCCUGUCCUCAGCCCUGGACCCACGCCUGAUGUCGCGGCUGCAGCAGCGGCUGGCGCCCAGCGUGUCGGCGGGUCGCCUGGCGGCGCCGCAGCUGGCGGCGCUCCUGCAGGCGCUAGCGGAGCUAGGGGCGCGCAGCGCGCCGCUACUGCCAGCGCUGGAGCAGCAGCUGCUGCGGCAGUGUAGUGCGGCGGCAGAGCCGCAGGCUGGAGCCGACAACACUGGCUGUAGCAGUGGCAGCAGUAGCGGGCUGAGCGGGGGCCAGCUGGUGGCGACGUUGUUGGCGCUGGGAGAGCUGCAGCGGCGAGGGGCCGUUUCGGAGCUAUUCAGGCUGACGUCUUCACAGCUUACAGCUGACCUGCGCCAAGUCACCAGCCGCGGCGGUAGCAGUCCCGGCAGCAGCAUUAGCGGCAGUAGCAGCGGCAGUAGCGCCGUGUCUGCGCAGGACCUGUCAAAGCUUCUGCGGCUGCUGGGAAGCACCGUGGUGUCCCGGCAGCGCGAGGAGCAGCAGCGCCAGCCCGGGCCCCAGCCUCAACCCCAGCAGCGGUGGGGCAAGCGCGCGGCGCCGUCGGGUCGAAGGGGGACUGCCGCUGAUGCCGAUUCCGGCGCCAGUGCCGCGGCGGCGGCGGCGCUGGCUGAUGGUGUGUUGGGACCCGGUCGUCAGAUCUUCCUUGAUGCGGCUUGGUCGGCUCUGAGUGAGCACCGACGCGUGGCUGGCAAAAAAUGUCGCAGUGGUGGUGCGGCCGGCAGUAGCACCGCCGGGAGCGGCAGUAGCAGCAGCAGUAGUAGCAGUGGCAGUAGCAGCCGGCAGCGGCUGCUAGAGGAGCUGACACCCACGCAGCUGGUGGACGCGGUGUGGGGGCUGGCGGCGUGUCGGUACGACAACACUGACGCCUAUGACACGCUGUGCACCCGGCUGCAUGGGCGCGUCAAGCACCUGCCGGGCUGGUCGCUAUCCCGCCUGGCCGCCGCCCUGCACACCGCACCGCACCCUCCGCCCGGCCACCCGGCCGCGCCGCCGCCGCCGUCAUCCGCGCCGGCGGCCGCAGCUGCAGAUGAGGAGGAACUGUACCAGGGCGCGCCGCCGUCCACUGCCAGUGGCAAGAAGGCCUCUGCUCGCAGCGACAGCAGCAACAACAACAGCGCGACCACCGGUACGGCCAACAAACAAGGCUCCAGCGACAAGGAUGCGCAGGCGUCACGAACCCCUGCCGCCACCGACGGCAGUAGCACCCCGCCAGCUGCCACGCAGCUGUCCCGCCAUCCCGAAAUGAUGGAACGGUUGGCCAAGUACGGCACCAAGGAGGUGGCGGGCGCCGGCAGUAGCUUCCGACCCGAGGCUGUAGCACAGCUGGCGGGCGUUUUUGCGGCGGAGCCGUGCGGCAGGCAGUACGGCGGUUUGUUUCUAGCGGCGUCAUACACUGCCCGUCGCUGGCUGCUACAGCUGCGGCAGCGGGCUGAGGAGGAGGCGGCGGGCGGCGGCCGGGCGGCGGCGGCGGCCGCACGCAGGCGUGCGCAGGAGCGGGAGCGGGCUGGCGAGGACGAGGAUGGCGGGCGGGGCGGCGGCGAGGAGGACGGGGAGGGCGCGGCGGCGCGGGAGCUGCGGCAGGCGGCGACGCGGGUUGCGGCGGCAUGUGAGGCGGCCGGAUACUCCGUGGAUGAGGUGCUGGAGCCGGAGCUGCUACAGCCCCCCAGCAGCCCCAGUGGCAGUAGCAGGCGCCGAGGCGGCAACAGCAGCGUACCCGCCAGGGGCAGGGACGGCUGGUCCGAUGCAGACGAGUCUUCAUGGCGGCCUGCCGCCACCGGCGGCUCCAGCUACGGCCGCAGCAGUAGCAGCCGCGCCCCAUCAGCGCCGGGACGCGGCCAGCGCUCCGGCGGCGAGGCGGGCUUCGACGGCAGCGGCGGCGGCGGCGGCCGUGCGGCGGGGCCACCAGGCAGGCGUGGCAGAGUGCGCCGCUUUGGUGACGACGAGUGGAGUGAUGGUGAGGAGGAGGAGGCCGUGGGGGAGAGUGAGGGCAGGCGAAUGCCGGGUGCCCGGGCGGCGGUGAGGCGCGGAGGAGGGCGGCAUCCCCGUGAGGCGCACUGGGCAGGCGAGGUCGAGCCCAGGACUGGGGCCGGGGCCGGGGCCAGGAGGGGCGACGCGGGCGCCGACAGGCGCCGACGUGCCGGUGGCGCAACAUUUGAUACGGAGGAGUUCGGGAGCGGCGACGGCCACCGGGAGAGGUCGCCGCGGGGGCACCGGCCAAGUGCAGCGGGCUCGCGGCCGCGGCGGAGCGUAGGAGGGGAGGACAUGGAGUGGUUCGGUCGCUGAAUUACCUGGCCGUGGCGUGUUACUGUGUAAGCUUGGAACUGCUCGCAAUGGCCACUGCGUAUGACUUCGCGUUUCGGCCACCGCUAGCGUGCACUCGCUUUACCACCCCUUUCAGCAAUUGUAGACCAGGCCGGUCGCUGCUGGUACAUCAUAACACCCGAAGAUGUAGCCGGACGUUUGUAAGCGGUUCUGGGGCCUCUUCGCGAGGCGCGUGCGGGGACGACGAGUCAACUUCGUGGCUGCCGGCGAGCCCGCGGGUGGGUGGUCAGGGUAACAAGACUAAAUAUGUCACGUCAUACAAAUGAAGCGCUCCACUAGGGCGUCCCUGAGGUCAGCUUGAGGAGUGCUUGCUGCAUUCCGCAAUUCCCUUGCGCGCCAUGCCCAAAUCGCGCGGGCAGGGUUUCGCUUCGUACACA